AAUUUCUGUAAAAUAUCGAAAACUGUGAAUAAAAUGAAAUAAUCGUUUAGGUCAUAUAUACGCGAUGUGGUCCGCCUUCGACCCUGUGUUGCUUUUGUUUGGAGAACGGAUCGAGAACAAGGUCACGCAGGUAAAAUGGCAGCCAGAGUACAGAGAUCGGUCGGGGCUUGACGAUAACCUCGCGUCGUUACGCGAAUCGUUCGAUUUCUUUACGCGAAUAAACGUCGACUACGUGAUAUAAGUUAAUAGAACGACGAUAGAACAAGUGAAAAUGACCGAUACUUAGCAUAGAUAGGAGUCAUUUAUUUUCUUUACGAUCGUAGAAAUAGAUCUCGAUCGAUUUAGUAAGUCAAUAACGUUCCGGUAUAUUCUUGAUCCACGUGAAUCCACGCAUACAUAUACGCAUACGCAUACGUAUACGCAUAGGCGCGUACAUAGAAAUGAUUAAAAAUGUUUAAUUAUCCCGCCUUUGAAAACUUUGAAAUUUUAGUCGCGCCAUAUAGGUGUAAUUGUGCGGUAUGAUAAUCGCAAGAGGCGUCGUCGCAUGCAAGUGGUUGACUUGCGAUCUGAUAAAAGAAUUGAAAUACAUUUUUUUUUGACAAUCUACGUGUUCUAUAUCAGACGACAAUUCUGAUAAAGGCUCUAGUUUUCUACCUGAUCGUUUGGGCGAAGCCUCAUUAACAGCAACAAUGAAAAUGGAGUAAAGCGACAUAGAUAUUGGCAUUUGAUGAAAAGUAGUCGGGCGGAGCAUAGAUUGGAACAGUUAAAAAAGGCAACGGACAGAAUACAAAAGGAGAUCGAAGAGGUCACAGAGAGGGAGCACGAGCUACGAAACGUGGGUAGCAUUAAAACCACGUCGCACGAGACGGUAGAUUCCAAGGUGAGACGUAUGCCGCAAGCUUUGGCAUCGAGUAAAUUGAAGAGGGCAACGUCAACGCCACAGAUUUUCGAAGCUGUUAGUCUUGUCCCUUCGACACAAUCUACUCUACCAAAAAUGACGAACGGUGUAACAUCUUCUAAUUCAACAGCAAGACCUUUACGUUUUGCUACAGCACCUAGCCAAAAAGGAUUGAUGCAUAGGUUCUUAGCAACUAGGGGAAAGAUUUAUAAGUCUAACACAACUCCUAAUGAUCUUAUAACUUCGUCUACCACUGUACCUACCAUUGCACUUAAUCCUAUAAGCGUAAAAGCUUUCAAUCGCAGUUUGAAGAUACAACUUGAACCAGAUGAUGAACCUAAAAAACCUCCUGUUAGGAAGGGUUAUGUACCUGUUGAAGAAAAAAUUCAAAAAGAAUUGCACGAGAUGAAGGAACGAGAAAAUGAACUUAGAUUAAUGCGUUCUCAAAUGUUAGCAAAAUCUCAACCAAAUCUCUUGGAUAUCGGUAACGAUAAUGAUUCCGAUAUUUACGAUGGCACCGGCUCCUUAAGAAGCGGAGCAUCAUCUAAUACGUUAAACGAAGAUGAAAUAGAAAGAGAAAGUAAAGGCAAACAUAAGCCAAAUCCACGGCGUCGAAGCACUCUCAUCGCUCAAUGGGAAAAUCUUAUAGCAGCGAAAAAAGAAUCCAAUGAGAAUAAUCAUGAAAACGAUAGUGUUUUUUGAGAAAAGGUUUAUCGUUAAUUUUUUUCGAAAAUUUCUUUUUUGUCCAAUUUGUUACGUACAUUUGAUAAAUCUAUUAUUUUAUCUUUCUUCAUAUAUAUGUAUUUAGGUACGUAAAAUUUAUAUAUAUACAUUUUCUACACACACACACAUAUCACCAAGUAAUAAGUUAUAAACAAAUAUUUAUUGAAGCAUUAAAACUUGAAUAAUAAAUUUCUACGUAUAUAUAUACAUAUAUAAUCGUAGAUUGUGGUGUAGACGUUGCUCUCACACGGAUAUUAUAAUAUUUUUGUAAUAUAAUAUUUAGAAAAGAACUUUAGUAAUAUCAAUAUAGUAUAUGUUUAUUGUUUCCUAAAAAUAAUAAUGUACUAUUAAAUUAGUAAUUAAUCAAGAAUUAGUUUAAAAUUAUAUUUUUUUACUAGUAGGAUUAAAUAGAUAUUUCGUAAGAUAACUUGUAGUAUUUACUCAACAAAAAUAUAUAUAUAUAUAUGUAAG